GGAUAAAUGUAAUUAUAAAUAACAUUAAUUACGGAAUUAUUUGUAGCCGUGUUGUUGUGUUGUCUGUCCCCACGCGCUGGUCUCUUCGCUAAGCUUGUUCCCCAGGCUCGACUGUACCCCGCAAACCUAAACUCAGGUCUUCAUUCGGACCAGCUGGUGCCUCACUCUUUCUGCAACCAAUUUUAUAUUAAACAGCAUGACCUUGACUACCGUCCGAAGUUUCCAUAUCCACGAUCCAUAGCAGGAUGGACUCCUACUCACCACGAGAUGGAGAAUCCAGGCGAAAACGCCGGCGACAGUCCAUGUCUUCCGCCAACAUGACUAGCGCUUCUCCGCAAGAGCUCGGUCACAUGAGACCAAGUCUCUCGAAAGGCUCUUCAAGCUUCGUCGGAAGUGGAAGCGGUAUAUACUUCGUAAAAACUGUGCAGUCGGCAUUUGCUAGGAACUACCGCCGCGAGAGCGAUGCCAUCGAUGAGGCACUCGUUCCUGGAGAAGAUGACCGUCUGCAAAGUGGAAGCCCAUCAGGCUGUAUAUGGCACCCUAGCGAGAUCAUUCAGCUCUCUGACCCUCAUCCUUCGCAUGUUGCGACAUUCGAUGAUCUCGCCUGCUGGAGCCAACAGUACUGGGACAAUUGGCAUCCUCCCUUUCCAUUUCUUCAUGCACCUAGUAUUCUUGGGGUGCUUGAAAGGGUAUCUCUGGACGGACUACGGAGCCUCAGCUUGGUCGAUUCGAUAACAGUUCGUUCAGUGCUAUCAAUAUCAGUGGCUGAUCGACGACAAAUGCCUCCGAGUCGUGGAAAGCUCGUGUCUUCAAAUUUGGUCUUCAAUACUAUCGACGAUGCCAUAUCGUGCUUGACUCCAAUACUUCUACAGCCGUCGACACUAGCUAGUCUUCAAGCGCUCGUUGCAAUACAGCUAUUUUUGGUGUCGAUGUUGCGCUUGAACGCAGCUUCAAGAAUUGGUGGAUUGAUAACGAGAAUUGCCUUCCAACUUGGACUUCAUAGAUGUCCAUCUAGAUUCCAGCAAUUUUCUGUUGCUGAUGCGGACAUGCGUAGGAGACUCUUCUGGACCAUAUACAGCCUUGAAAGAUAUCUGUCUCAAUCUCUUGGACUUCCGCUCGACAUCAAAGACGACGAUGUUGAUGUAUGCUACUCCGACAAAGAGCUUCAUGUAGACGAUCUUGGCGAAGAACAAAAUGUACAGCGGCCUCAAGACCCACGAUUGCUCUUACUUCCGGCUUUUCUUGCUCGGCAUGGCUACAUCAAAGGUUUAAUCUUGGAGCUUCGUCAUAAAUCAGUUUUACAUCGCACCACGGACCCGGAUGAAGCUGCACAUGUUGAUUCGGAGAUCUCAAAAUGGUGGAAUGAAGCCCAAGACUUGCUAGACCCUCAUUACAUGGAGGACGAAGAACCUGGCGGGGACUUGACCAGCCCGGGACAUGCUUCGUCUCUGAAAGAGUCACACAAGCUGCUCUUGAUUGUGCAAAAGCAUGAAUCAACUAUCCUGCUUAACCGCCCUGUCAUCACCUCAGCACCAUGUUCAUCUAUGUUUGCAUCAGCGGUUCAGAAAUGUAUCGGAGCUUCGAAACAGAUUGUAUCAAAAGUCUAUCAACACUUACAAACGGGCAUGGAUGAAUCGGGGUCUCGUGAUGGCCGUAUUCUCAACCCGUUAUGCUGGCCGGGAUUUACUUGGUGCAUCUGGAUGAGGUGUGUGGACUUUUCGGUACGACGGGACGUCCUAGUGACUGCUGACUUUUUCUGCAGUGGGCUGAUACUAGUCUACGCUGCGUCCGAGGGCCAUUACUCGGUGCAAUUAGCUCAACGAGAUACCGAACGAUGUAUCAAAAUCCUAGACAUUCUAGCUAUGAGAGGAAGUGUCUGGCCAGGAGCAUGUGCUUCCGCUUUAAGAGAUUUACAUAAAGCGUUGGCAAGCAAAUCUUUAAAUGGCUUCCAUAAUGUGUCUGGACCGGGGCAAUCACCAAAAAGCAGUAUUCCGAGACCAAUCGAUACCCUUAGUACGAGUUCCAAUGUACUACAAAGUCGACAAAAACAACAGCAACAGCUAAAUGGGCUCCGACCUGACAGCUCUCUACAAGGGGACGAGUCUACCUCUCCCCCUACAGCAAAUACGGACUUCAGGUCCAUGAGUUCACAGCAAUCCUCUCAAAUCGGUGGCAAUCAGGGCGAUCGUAGUAUCCCAAGACCUUUUACCUCAAUGUCCCGUCCAGCGGCGAGCACUUUACCGCCAGAUCAAUUCACCGAUGCUACACUGUUUGGCAUGAAUGGCAUGUUUGACAUGGGAAAUCAUUUCGACGGAGUUGAAAAUAUUUUCCAACUGAUGGAUGCGUCUUACCAGCUGGGUGAGCAGAUGGUUGAGCCAAAUUUCUCUGGUCGAUACUACGAAGGCGAGAAUAGAUUGUAGUCGUCCAGGCCUUCGUUCCAUGUAUUUAUUAUGUCUUCUUUGCAAGGCACAGUACUACUACGUUUUGUUCUUCUAUGAAUGAUAGAGACGAAUUACAGAAGCUUUGAGUAUGACAUGGAAUUGACGCAAGCUCCCCGACCCUAUCCCUUCCACUGCGAAACGGAACACUUUGUUGAUGCUCGAUAAAGUGG